AUGCGGCACCAUCAGUCGACCAAAACAUCCAGCAGAUCCGCCACCGGUGGGGGUGUUGGUGGCGUUGCAACGGACACGUCAUCGGUCAGUCCGAACACCUCCAACGAGAAUCUCUUGACAGUGCGAAUUCGGCCGAGUCCAGAGGGCCAAUACGGCUUUAACGUGUGUGGUGGGGUUGAUUACAAAAGACCUGUCAUCGUGAGCCGAGUUGGUGACAACUUGCCUGCUGGUGCUGCCUCUCCUCGUCUGCAUCGUGGCGAUCAGAUCAUCCGUAUCAAUGAUCGGGACAUCUCCGGCUAUACUCAAGAACAGGUGAUCAAUUCCAUCCAGAAGGCUGCUAAAAGUCGUACGGGUUAUUUGGAGCUGGUUGUGAAACCUGAUGCAAAUUACCUGGAGGACGAUGUGAUGGACGAUCAGACGACUGACAGUGAAGAUGCACCACCACGUCCACCCAAGGCUAGCGCCACGGAAACACCUGCUGGCAUGUGGCUGCCAUCCAACUCCUCCUCCCAACGUCUCGAUGUGUCACCUUCCAAUCACCAUUAUCGCCGUUGCCAAUCACAACAACCACAACAUCAGCAGCAAUUUCAAAUGGGACCGCCUACAUCACUUCCCAAACCGCGAAUCAACAGCUACGGCACUGUCCGCGAUAAAUCGACCUCUGGAAUGGGCCUGAGGAAAGCCCUAACCUCGGGCACAGAGUCAUUGUACCUCUCCAUAAGAGACAUUGAAAAUGGAUUGGCUGAUGGUUCGCUUGUUCGAAAAUUUGAGAAAUUGGAACAAGGUGACCCACAUGCCACAACACUUGACGCCCAAACAAAUGGCCGCAAAAAUCGCUACCGUGAUAUCUCUCCCUAUGAUCACACUCGAGUGAAAAUUUUGGGCGCAGACGGCGAUUACAUAAACGCGAGCUUUAUUGAGAUGACGAUUCCCAAAGCGGUGUUGCGAAAAUACAUCGCCUCGCAGGGCCCCUUGAAGACCACCUGCGCUGACUUUUGGCAGAUGUGCUGGGAGCAUGACAGUGAACUCAUUGUGAUGCUCACUGAUGUGGGAGAACAGGGCAGAGAGAAGUGUCACAAAUACUGGCCAAACGAAAACGAGACAUUUGAGUUCGCUUGGAUUCAUCCGAAAUCCUCUAAAAUCUCCACCUCCCCGUCGGACAAAUGCAUUCAACUGCGAGUUUCCAACAUUAAAGAAGAGGAGAAGGGAAACACAGCUUACAGGGAGUUCCAGGUGCAGAGAAGUGUCACUACGAUUAAAGACGCUACCACCGCGGGCUUGUCUCUCAAACCCAAUAAAACGAACACCAUCAGCUUCUCCAGGGAGAAGGGACCCUCCGUAUUAAACGGAGCGGAGGUGCGUCGAAUUGUCCAGCUGCAGUAUAUCAGAUGGCCCGACCAUGGGGUGCCCAGCAACUGUACCGACCUGAUUGCUUUUGUUGAACGGAUGCGGGAACUGCGUGAUCGUGGCAAGUCUACCUGCGCCGUCGUCCACUGCUCCGCCGGCAUUGGGCGCACCGGCGUGGUUAUUCUCCUCGACACGGCCAUGGACAUGAUUCGCGCCCAAUCACCGGUCAGACCAAUUGAAAUGGUCAGAGAGAUGCGCAUGUUCCGAAAAAGGCUCGUUCAAACGCCGGCCCAAUUCCAAUUUGUAUGCGAGGCUAUCGUGAAGUACCAUUCCGACACUAUGCUCAAACGAUCUCCAAUAAAGAAGAGCUGA